CACUCUCCACGACAAGAAGAAGAGCCUGUCCGUCUGUAUCUCCCACCGCGAGAGACAGACGUAUCUAUCCAACCCAUCUGCCCAGCAUGGCCGUCACCGACUCCUUCCUCCAUCUCGCGCGGCCUCUAGGCCCUGUGGCAGUGGGGUCUGCACCGACAACCGCCCCUCUGAACGUUGUCAUCCAGCCCCAGGCUAUCUUCUCUAUCCUCGACCAUUCCCUCCGCCGAAAUGCCGACCAGGAGCGUGUGAUUGGAACCCUGUUGGGAACCAGGUCCGAAGAUGGUACCGAGGUCGAAAUCCGCAGCUGCUUCGCUGUCGGUCAUACGGAAACGACGGACCAGGUCGAGGUCGAUAUGGAAUAUCAGAAGCAGAUGCUUGCUCUGCACUUGAAGGCGAACCCAAAGGAGGUCCUUGUCGGGUGGUACGCCACCUCGUCUGAGUUGAACACAUUUUCCGCUUUGAUCCAGAACUUCUACGGCGGACAGGGCGACGGUACAUGGCCGCACCCUGCUGUUCAUCUGACUGUGUCGACGGAGCCUGGCAAGGAUAUCGAGACCCGUGCAUACAUCUCUGCUCCUGUCGGUGUUACUGCCGAGAGAGCAGCCGACAGUGCUGCCUUCAUCCCCGUUCCCCACGAGAUCAGAUAUGGCGAGGCCGAGAAGAGUGGUCUGGAGGCCAUUGCGACUGCCAAGGACAACGAAGAGCGUACAGCCAGCAUCUUUACGGAUAUUGAGGCUCUGGAGCGUGCUGUUGAGGAGGUCCUUGGCAUGAUCGACCGUGUUUCCCGAUAUGUUGAGUCUGUCAUCGAUGAGGAGGCUCCUGCGUCAACGGCACUGGGCCAGUUCUUGCUCAACACUCUUGCCUUGGCUCCCAAGGCUGAGCCUGCUGACAUUGAGCGUGACUUCAACAAUCACAUCCAGGAUGUGCUCGUUGUUUCUUACCUCGCCAACACCAUCCGCACACAGAUGGAGCUGUCUAACCGACUAGCAACUGCACAGCUGACCCUUGGUCCCGGCGAAGGUGCUGCAGAGUCUGGCCAGCGUGGUGGCCAGAGAGGUAAGGGCGGUCGAGGAGGCCAGCAGCGCAACCAGGAACGGGGUGCGGAGGAGGCUCGUGCUUGAAGAGAAGGAGAGAGGAGUAUAAUUAUUACUACUCAUUGAUAGUGUGCGGGCUCGUCCCGUUCCAGGCCUUUUUUGCGAAAGGCCUGGCCCUCCUGGUCAACUUGUUAUCCGUUUGCUUUUUUUUUCUGGCAUUGCAUUUUUGCUAGGGCGGCAAAAAGCAUGGCGUAUCGGAGUCAUCUGGCCUUGUUCAGACCGAAAGGAGGAGAGGGAGAGAGUGAGAGAGAAUCAUGCCCUUUUGUCUGGCUGGAUCAGAGGGAGCUAUUCUCUCGAGAAAACCCGCUGUAAAAGCUAAAAGAAAAGAAAAAGGGACCGCCCGCCACUUUUAUGAAGCAACG